AUGUCCCUUACCAACGUCAUCGACGCGGAGAACGCCCCGAAUUAUGAGGACAUGGAGAAGCAGUUCGCGGUGAAGGCAGUGCAACAAAUGACCGUCUAUUGGAGUAUCCUCGAAAAGUUGCCCGGCUCAAAACUUCGCUUGACUCGACUUGACGACGAGAUUCUAGAGCACUUCAAGCGUGAAUUUCCGGACUUCGACCCAGCUGAAGAGAUUGAUGAGGAUGCCAUGAAGAGCAAAGAGGGCAAAGAGAAGUGGCGCGAAUUUGCCAAGGUCUACGAAAAGGGCGAAAAGAAAAUCGAGGACUACAACUUCGGCACCAUGUUGCGGAAGAGCCCCAAGACCGAGUAUGGCGAAAAAGAAACAAUUUUCGUAAUCCGGGUGCAGUUUUAUGCGAUAGAAAUUGCUAGGAACAGGGCUGGGCUGAACGACUGGAUAUACGAAAACGCCCAGAAGGAGAAGUCGUAA